AAGCUCCAUUCCGGGUUGGUCCACCAUCACCACCAGCGACCAAAAUCCACCCGCUACACCAGCCAGCAUGUCGCGGCAGCACGCAGGGCCGCUCCCACCGGCAGUUCGCAUCAUCAAGGGCCCAGAGCCGCACUCAUCUAGCCACACCAGUCGGCGGCCCGCAAGAACAACCCGUCGCAUCCUUUCUGCUGCAUCGAUCUCCAGCUCCUCGACGUCCAUUACCACAUCCGUGGCCAAUACUAUCGUCCUCAAAAACUCGAAUGCAAGUUAAGACUCACAGCCUACUGCAGCGAUCGCUAAUUUAAAAGAAGGAGCGCCAUGAUUCAUCUAACCGGACAAAACCUAACCUCUAAAGAGGUCAUCCAGAACAUCUUCUCGCCUAUCGUCGGGGCCAUCAUAUCACCGCAAGCCGAAGAACUAUGCCAGAAGAACAAUCUGACCUUCGUGGAGAUGUUGCAGCCCUUUCUGAAGCUUUCAUCUGACGCGCACUUCCGGGACACGGCCGGCACAAGCGUCUCGAUCAAAGGUCUACGCAUAAACGUGUGCGAUGUCAACUGGCGCCCUCCGCAAACCAUUUUGGCCAAGAAGAUGCUCAACGAAUCGGUAACUUCGGCCGUCGAGAGAUGGCGUGAGACGUUCCUGACCGUGCAGUUCCCCUCGGAUCACGAGUUCACUAGACACCUGCUCUGUUCGCUGAUCGUGGUGUCCAGUAUCGACGUGAAUCCGCUGGAGGUGGCCGGUCAGCUGACGAAGAAAAUCCAAAUGAUGCAGAACAUCACGCCACCGCGGCUGCCCAAGUGGUUCUCGGCCGAUUCGUUGAACUGUUACGUGAUGCUGCACGACGGGUGUUCCGGCGACAUUGGGAAGUAA